AUGACAUUGAGUGAUGACGUCGAUGUUGAGGAUGAAGAUGCUAAUGAUGAGAGAGAUGAUGACGGAAAGAAAGAGAAGAGUAAGGCAUAUAUUUCAGGUAUUUGCAUUCCUGGUAUUUGCUUGCACUCUGAUAAUGAAGCUAACGCGGAACAUGCUGUGAUUUUCAUCAAUAAUCGCAUUUCUGACACUCCUAAGGCAAGAAGCUUAAUUAACAAAUUAUAUGAGUUCAUGCUGUUCUUAAAAACGUUUCCAUUCAAAUUUUCUGCAAUCGCAGAGAACAUUAGCAACGCGAUAAAUGAAAAUUAUAUUGAAUCAGUGAACAGACUGCAGUUUCAACUGCUUAUAACUGUAAAUAACAGACAUAUACAAAGAAUCGACAUUCGUCUCAGAUACAAAGAAUCGACAUUCGAUUCAGAUACAAAGAAACAACAUUUGAUUCAUAUACAAAGAAUCGACAUUCGAUUCAGAUACAAAGAAUCGACAUUCGAUUCAGAUACAAAGAAUCGACAUUCGAUUCAGAUACAAAGAAUCGACAUUCGAUUCAGAUACAAAGAAUCGACAUUCGAUUCAGAUACAAAGAAUCGACAUUCGAUUCAGAUACAAAGAAUCGACAUUCGAUUCAGAUACAAAGAAUCAACAUUCGAUUCAUAUAAAAAAGAAUCAACAUUUGAUUCCUAA